CAGCCCGCGCCCAGCCCUUCCUCCCUGGGUCUCCGGUCUCCGAGCGCCCCUCUCCUAGCGGCCCGCACGCCUCCUGGCCUCCCGUCCGCCGCCGCCAUGUACCGCCGCCUGGGCGAAGCGCUGCUGCUGUCCCGCGCCGGGCCCGCCGCGCUGGGCUCGGCCGCCGCCGACCCGGCCGCGCUGCUGGGCUGGGCCCGCGGGCCGCCCACCGCCGCCCCGCCGGCCGGGCUCGCGCCGCCCGCCCGGCGCCACUACAGCGAGGCGGCUGCCGACCGGGAGGACGACCCCAACUUCUUCAAGAUGGUGGAGGGCUUCUUCGACCGCGGCGCCAGCAUCGUGGAAGACAAGCUGGUGGAGGACCUGCGCACCCGGGACAGCGAGGAGCAGAAGCGGAACCGGGUGCGCGGCAUCCUGCGGAUCAUCAAGCCCUGCAACCAUGUGCUGAGCGUCUCCUUCCCCAUCCGGCGCGACGACGGCUCCUGGGAGGUCAUCGAGGGCUACCGGGCCCAGCACAGCCAGCACCGCACUCCGUGCAAGGGAGGUAUCCGUUACAGCACUGAUGUGAGUGUAGAUGAAGUAAAAGCCCUGGCUUCUCUGAUGACAUAUAAGUGUGCAGUGGUGGAUGUGCCGUUUGGGGGUGCUAAAGCCGGUGUUAAGAUCAAUCCCAAGAACUACACAGAUAAUGAAUUGGAAAAGAUCACAAGGAGGUUCACCAUGGAACUAGCAAAGAAGGGCUUUAUUGGUCCUGGCAUUGAUGUGCCUGCCCCGGACAUGAGCACCGGCGAGCGGGAGAUGUCCUGGAUCGCUGACACCUAUGCCAGCACCAUAGGGCACUAUGAUAUUAAUGCACAUGCCUGCGUUACUGGUAAACCCAUCAGUCAAGGUGGCAUCCAUGGGCGCAUCUCUGCAACUGGCCGUGGUGUGUUCCAUGGGAUUGAAAAUUUCAUCAAUGAAGCUUCUUACAUGAGCAUUUUAGGGAUGACACCAGGAUUUGGGGAUAAGACAUUUGUUGUUCAGGGAUUUGGUAAUGUGGGCCUGCACUCUAUGAGAUAUUUACAUCGUUUUGGUGCUAAAUGUGUUGGUGUUGGUGAAUCUGAUGGGAGUAUAUGGAAUCCAGAUGGUAUUGACCCAAAGGAACUGGAAGAUUUCAAAUUGCAACAUGGAUCGAUUCUGGGCUUCCCCAAGGCAAAGGUCUAUGAGGGAAGUAUCUUGGAAGCUGACUGUGACAUACUGAUCCCUGCUGCCAGCGAGAAGCAGUUAACCAAGUCCAACGCACCCAGAGUCAAAGCCAAGAUCAUUGCUGAAGGUGCCAAUGGACCGACCACUCCAGAAGCUGAUAAGAUUUUCCUGGAGAGGAACAUCAUGGUUAUUCCAGAUCUCUACUUGAAUGCUGGAGGAGUGACAGUGUCUUACUUUGAGUGGCUGAAGAAUCUAAAUCAUGUCAGCUAUGGUCGACUGACCUUCAAAUAUGAAAGAGAUUCUAACUACCACUUGCUCAUGUCUGUUCAAGAGAGCUUAGAAAGAAAAUUCGGAAAGCAUGGUGGAACAAUUCCUGUCGUGCCCACAGCAGAAUUCCAGGACAGAAUAUCGGGUGCAUCAGAGAAAGAUAUCGUGCACUCUGGCUUAGCCUACACCAUGGAGCGGUCUGCCCGGCAAAUUAUGCGCACAGCCAUGAAGUAUAACCUGGGCUUGGACCUGAGAACAGCUGCCUAUGUCAACGCCAUUGAGAAAGUCUUCAAAGUGUACAACGAGGCUGGUGUGACUUUCACAUAGAUGGAUUGUGGCUGCGUUCCUCACCCUCUUCACCCAUAACUUCUGCCGACCUAUCACAAGUUUACAUGUAACCACAGAACUCUCUCUCUCUCUUAUGACUCGUUAGGUAAUGGACACUGUUCUCAACAAGUCAGUCUGAAUCAGCCCCUUAAGAAAGAAACUAAGUUUAGAGGAUCAUGUACAAAUGGAAUGUGAAAGUAUAAAUCACUUAAGCUAGAAAACCAUUUAGAAAUUUUGCCUUUUAAUAAAAAGGUCUCUCCCACCUGGCUUUGCUGCCUCAUUCCAGGCUCUUCUCCACAGUCAGUGCUGCUGCCAGGAAGGGCAUUAAGAGCAGCCACCUACUACUUUAUCUCCAGACAAGCCUGGGCACAUGACUCUGACACAUGGAAGAAGUAGUACAUGGCAUUUUCAGAAAGUGGCAUGGUCCUCAAGUGCGUUACUGGUAUUGCACAUCAGCAAAACCAGAAUGAAAGCUGUUUCUCCUAAUGCAUUUUAUUCUUCCAGAAAAAAAUAAGAACAUGCUGCUGUAAUAUUGCCUUUAAUUACUUAACAAGCCUAACUUGACUCAAGCAGUGAAAGCCUAUAAACAUAAUAAAUGAUGAAAGCUAGUAUUUUUAUAACAUAAAACAGUAUCAUUUGUAGUUUAUCAGUCAUAUAUUACUGUCCAGCAAAAAUAGUCCUACAGAGACCUAUCUGCAAAUGAGGGAGGCUAUUUUAGAGAAUUUGCUAAAUAACUACAAUUACAACACAUAGUCCAAAGAAUACAGUAACUUCCUUAUCAUGUUAGUUGUUCCCUUUUGAAGAGCUUCUGUUGUGUCAUUGAACCAUAAUUGAAGUAGAAUGUUCCAGAAAAGGGGAAAAAAAAACAUUUGAGCUCCCUUUGGAGUCUGAUGGAGUCUGAACCCUUCCAGUGAGUGGCUUGACCGUGUCCUCCUUUUAGAGACUAAUCAUGCUGCACUUGGCUUCAGCAGCAGGCUAGAAACAGCCUGAGGUUGAGUGUUUGGUUUGGGGAUUAGUUGGUCGAGUCCUUUUGAACAGUAGGGGUCCCAAUGAAUUACUAGAUACUAUUUAUGUAAAAAUGAACACUUUUUUUUUAACCAUAUCCUUUCAAAUUUCUAACUACUUUGUAACUGCAUGACUUAACCUGGUGAUAAAGAGCAGUUAUUAAAAGCCUACCUUUUUAAAGCCUA